AUGGAGGCACUCGCUGCUCUCAGCCUUGCGGGCAACGUUAUGCAAUUUGUAGAUUUUUCUAGCAAGAUAAUAUCCGAAGCUCGUGCAAUCGAGAAGAAUGGAGAAUCAUCAUCCAUUGCUGAUCUCCAGCGUUUCGCAUUAAGCUCUACGAAGCACGCGAGGAUUAUCAGAUCUCACUGCGAACAAGCUGGACACGAGUUCGCAGUUUAUUUGUCCACAUUUUCGACUUCUCGAACGGCAAGAAAUUUCCUACACAUUCUGAAAGACACUAUCAGAAUUCGAUGGCGACACGAAGCAAUUGUUGCUUUUGUCGAGAAGCUUGAGAGCUUCCAGAGUGCCUUGACACUUGCAGCAAUACUCGCUUUUCAAUCCAAUGUCGACGAUCGCAACGAUGAUAUCGUAUCCCACAUGAAGGAAUUGCAGAAGUCAAGCGACAAAAAUAGCGCUGAAAGCAUUAGACAAAACGAGCAGAUCAAAGAUACACUGAUGGCUAUGCAGUCACAUUCAGCCUCAAAUCUAGUAAUACAGCAAAAGCUACAGGAUUGCCUGGGUAAACUCAGCUCGCUGCAUCGAUCUACACCGCAAAACCAGACAAUACUGAAAUGGUUGAACUUUCGUCAAAUGGCUUGGAGAUACGAAGAGAUAUGCGCCGCUUAUCAAGAGACGUUUCAAUGGAUCUUCAGACCGCCAGGUCCGACCGAUUCAUGGGAUGACUUUGGUAACUACUUGAGCGGAGAGGGCAUUGAUGCACCUUAUUUCAUCAACGGAAAGGCUUGA